AUGCAAGCCUCUGGAGAUGUAACUCCACUUUACUACUCUCUUUUUUGCACUCUUUGCCGGCUACAGCAAGCACUCAAUGUUCAGCCAAAGGCUCCUGGUCGUUUGGAAAGAAUAGUAUGCGAAAGUUGCUGGCGCUCUACGUUGGACCUAAGUAUAUGUUGGGCAUGUGGUGAAUAUGUAAUGCAAAGUGAUGAAGUCGUCAACCUUGGAUUGUGCUUUUGGCAUUCUGACUGUUUCGGGUGCCUACUUUGUGGGACGAGGUUAGGUAUACCUGCACCGGAAAGAAGAGAGAGAGUUGAAUUAGAGAGAAUUCCGCACUGCAAGCGCUGCGAGGUGGAAAUAGAGGAAAAAAUGCAAAAUAAAAAAUUCAGGAAAAGCUACGCCGAUUUCUCAAAGGCUGGUGAGGGAUUAGGCCCAAAUGGAACUGAUAUAUUUGAGCUAUGCGGGCAUGAAAACUUUGAACCGAUCGCAACUAGCACUCGGUCUAAGUACAAAGAUGUAGCCUUUGGCCCAUUGGCAAAUGACGAUGAUCAUGUGAGUUGCUUUCUAUCAAUACUCCAAACUUCAAGAACUAAUUUUAUCUCGAGACAAACUAUAACCCGAUUUCAGAAUUAA